CCAGCCUUUAACCACGUGCACGUCAACCUCUUAAAAUGGGAUGGACUGAGGAUGAUUUGUGCCUUCAUAGCAAGGCUACGCCAUUUGGUGUGCUGGGGAUACAUUCAUGACAGAAUCCUGGGAAAUAUUUAACUAUUUAAAAGGCUACUAACUUAUACCCAAACUAACAGCACAGUCUGUACUAGAGACCCUACAGGAGUCAGAAGAGCCGGACAGCAACAGGUCUCAGGACUACAAUGAGCAUUCAGUCUGCCAUCAACAAAGAGCUCUUCACCCCUCGGGAUGAGCGGAUGUUGGUUGCGGUGGAGGUGUCGAGGAGGAAGAGGAAGAGGAUGUCCUUCCUGCCCACUGGAGCUGGAGGAGACUACGCCACAUUCAUCUGUGUUUCAGUGACCAACACAAGGCCUCAUCAGCUCCUCAUCACAAAGGUGAAGCAGUUUGGUGGCUCCUCGUCCUUCACAAAGCGGACCCAGUGGACGGUGGAGAAGCUCCGCCAGGUCAACGGCAUCAACCCGAACAAGGACUGCCCAGAGUUCGACUUGGUGUUUGACGGUGCUGUGGACCAGUGGGUGGCCAGCUCCUCAGCAGAGAAGUGUCUCUUCAUCCAGAUCCUGUACCAUGCCUGCAAGACUUACUGGGAGGGAAAAGGAGGAAGUUUGGGUAAAGUCGGACGCCAGAGGAGUCAGAGUGCUCCCCUCGAGGUCGGAGCCGGUCCCAGUGUCCCCUCACCGGUCCCUGCAUCCAGAACACUGCAGUCCAGAAGGAAGAGCUACGUUCCUCCCAGACAGACAGAGUUCAUCAACUGCCAACCCAAACUCACAGCAGAAGCUUGCACCAUGAAUCUGGUGCUCUUCCGCUGCAAAGUCUUCAUGAUUCGCAUGAAGAACAGAAUGGUUGCAAGCAAAAGCCGAUCACCUGCUCGGGGUCAGCAAGGGGAGCGUGUCACAGGGAGCACUCUGGGUAAUGUAGUCCACAGGAUGAAUGUGGCUCUGGGGGAGCGUGGAGACAAACUGAGUCAUGCCGAGGACAAGACUGUGGAGCUGAUGCACAAAACCCACCAGUUUGCCGACACUGCUCACAAGCUGGCCCUCAAGUAUUCAAAGUGAAGUCUGCUGAAAGAUGAAGGAAAUUAUCCAGGAUGUUAAAGAGGAACAAGGACACUAACCUUAAAUAACUAAAUACUUUGUGCUUAUGCUUUUUAUCCUAACUGUGUUCAGUCUAAAAUGAUUUUCCUGUUUUCAAAUGUAUAUUCUGUUCUUCACGAGAGAAAAAAAGCUGGACUUUUGUAUUUAAUUUACAGUUAUUUGACCUUUAUUGAAAAGCCACUGCACAGCUUCCUUGACUCUAAUUUAAUAUGUCUUACCUUAAUCUUAAUUAAUUCACAUUUUGAUUAAAAUGAUCUGCCUAACCUAAGAUCUGUGUCACAGGGUAAAAGGUUGUAUGUAUUUUUUUGGACUUAUUUGGAUUUGAUUGCACUAAAUGUUUGAUUUAAAGUCACCACUUGUUGCCACCAAUCUGUCGCUAACAUGUGUGUGAGUGCAGUGACAUACUGAUGUGUCCUGAACACUCAUUACACUGUUACUCUAUAUUGUGUCUGCUGUACUGUGUCUUCCGUCUGUGUGUGUCCUGUUUUUACUAACCAAAGCUGGUAUUAUUUUCAUCUUCUGAGUCUUUAUGUGUGUCACAGGGGCAAACUGAACCCCAACAGACACAUACUGUGGCGAGAACUAAAAGUACUCUGCCAGGUGUUUAUAUUUCUGUCUGUGUAUCUGUCCGUUGUCCAUCUGUCCGUCUCUAUUUGUAACCAUGAUUUUUUUCACUGCGAUUGCGAGUGAUUUAUAAGUGUGUAUUUGACAAAAAAAAAGGGUGAGAUAUGCACCAGGCCUGAUUUGGCAUCAUAAAACAUCGCAGCUGAGGCCAGUAUGAAGGCUUAGUUUAGAGAUGGGAUUUUGUUGGACUGGAACAUUGGGAGGAAGUCUGUGUUGAAAAAGUAGAAAAGGUUGAGGUAAAGCAAAAUGUUGACUUCAUGUUUACAUCUCUGCUUUCAGUACUGUGUAAUGCCGAUGCAAAAACUGUGUGCAGCAUUGUUAUUUCAAACUAAAUUAAUCUGGACUUGCAGUACUUUUGAUUCAUUAAUUCUAACUACCUUUAUUUUAUGUUUCCUUAAUUACUUUUGGCUACAGUUUAAUGUGUUGGAUGUAAAUGUAUUUGAUGUGUUAACUCAAUGACAAUGUAUCCACUCUCCUGUCUGAACCAUUAAAGCCUUUACCUGAAA